UGUGUUUGUUUUUUAUGGCGAUGUUGAUGUUAUGAAAUCUUGAUCUGUGAAAAAUAUGAAUGUAAAAAGCGUUGUCUGCUAAAUAUGAAAAUAUGGAGCAAAAAUCUAGUGAGCUGUAGUAUCGUGAAAAGUGAAAAAUGAAAUUAUUUUGUGGUCAGGUUAGAUUGCUUUGUUUUUGAAAAUGUUGGUAACACUCCUGCGCAUUUUCAUCACUUUUCGUGGAAAUCGGUGUCAAAUAGUCAGCUGUUCACGUCAUCGCGAGUUUUCUCGUUGGCCGCCUUCCUCGCUUUGGAUGUUAUAACACCAGAUAACCGACAAGGUCAUUUCAGUUUUGUUAUGAGUUGCAAACAGUGCAGUACAAACAGUAUAAAGUGCCAUAAUAAUAAUUUGCAGUGAGAAGAUUGAAGUUUUACACAGCGUGCAUAGAAAAUCGAGAACAAAAUGAGGCUGUCGCCAAAGCAUUUCCAGACCAUCGCAAAAAUGCUGGAUUUUUAUUCCCAAUUCAAUCCAUCGCCGUUAUCAAUAAAGAAAUUCAUCGACUUUGGGCUGAAUGCGUCCGAGAAGAAAUCUUUCGUGUUCCUGCGGAAAGAACUGCCAGUCCGUCUGGCCAACAUAAUGAAGGAGAUAGCCUUGCUGCCGGAGAAUCUGCUUCGGAUGCCUUCGGUCAUCGCCGUCAACGAUUGGUACAUGCGCAGUUUCCAGGAGAUCAUGGAGUUCGAGAAAAAAGACCCCAACGAUCAGAUUCUGGAGCACUUUUGUAACGAGCUGGUGAAAAUCAGAAACAGACAUUCGGAUGUAGUGGAAACGAUGGCUCAGGGUGUGUUGGAGCUGAAGGAAUCUCAUGACGUGGAUCAUCACACGGAACACAGUAUCCAGUAUUUCCUGGAUCGGUUCUACAUGUCCAGGAUUUCAAUCAGAAUGCUGAUCAACCAGCACAUCCACCUGUUUCCAGCGCUGCUGUUCGGCGGGCAGGUGGAGAACGUUCCUGGCCCCAACAGGAGCAAGUACAUCGGCUGCAUCGAUACGCAGUGCGACGUUGUCGGCGUCAUCAGGGACGCCUUCGAGAACGCCAGGUUCCUCUGCGACCAGUACUACCUGGCAUCGCCUGACCUCAUCGUCGACGUGGCCAGGCACCCCGAUUUCGAAUCGGAUCAAGAUAUCAACAUCGUCUAUGUACCAUCACAUUUGUAUCACAUUCUAUUCGAAUUGUUCAAGAAUUCCAUGAGAGCGGUCAUGGAAUACCACGGUUCCGUCGACCAAUAUCCACCGUUGACCGUCACCGUGGCCAAAGGAAAAGAAGAUAUAUGUCUGAAAAUGUCUGACAGAGGAGGCGGCAUUCCGCGCUCCACCACCGACCACCUCUUCAAGUACAUGUACUCGACGGCGCCGCAACCGAGCAAAUCGGACGCGCACACCGUCCCUCUGGCGGGGUACGGGUACGGCUUGCCGAUCUCCCGACUGUACGCGAGGUAUUUCCACGGCGAUUUGGUGCUGAUGUCGUGCGAGGGUCACGGCACCGAUGCCGUCGUCUAUAUGAAGGCGCUAUCUAACGAAGCAAACGAACUGCUGCCGAUAUUCAACAAGACCACCUCGAAAUUCUACAGGACGAUCGUCCAAACCGGCGAUUGGUCGAACCAGGCGACGAAUAUCGGCGACAGGCAGAUGAGCACGAGGUUGAAAAACCACCAGUUACCGCACUCGUGUCAGGAAUCCAUCAGCGAGGCGAUUUAG